GCCUUAGCCUUAGGAAGUUAGGCAUAGAAGAUCAAUAAAGAGACAGGCUCACUUCCGUUCUCAAGAAAACAACAACAAAAGAUCUCUUAAUUGGACACCGGGAACUUCCUUCAAGGAAGUAACAAAGUAAACAAACAAUGGGGGACUUUGAAAUAGAUGCAGUUUUGCAAUUCAUGCUCUCUAAGGGAGGUCGUGUCCGAAAUCACGAGUUGGUCACACAUUUUAAAAAUGUUUUAAAUCACCCUGUUAACAAAGCACUAAACAGAGAGAGAUUUAAGGAUUAUGUAAAUGAGUUGGCAACAAUAAAGCUUGAUUUGGGUGAGAAAGUUUUGGUGUUAAAGAAAAAGUAUCGUCCAGCAUCUGAAAACCUUGAAGGUUCAGAUUUAACAUCUCAGCCACUGCCAUCUUUGGCUUCAUCAGUUGCUAAAACUUCUGCACCUAAACCUGCCAUGUCAGAACCUAACUUAAGGCCAAAAGAAAGCAGUGUAGAUCCUGAUCCUCCGUCGAUAAAGCCAUCAACAAAGCUGGAAAAAAAUGACUCUCUGCGUGCUCAGUCUGAGCCCCCUGCUACUCCUACAGAACUGAAGAAGGACCACCUGGACGGUCUAGCAAUGUCAAGGAUGAAAAGUGAUGAAAAUAUGAAGGUGAACCUUGUAAGGACUGACAGAGUUGAACCAAGCAUCAGGCCAUCAGGAUCUAAUGCAUCUCUUGCUUCCACCGAAUCUCACAGGUCUACAACAUCCAGCACAUCUGAAACAGCAUCCAUGGAUGAUGAUGUCAAUGCCUCCGUCGUGAGUGUCAAGGACAAGAUUAUCAAAAUGAACAACAUGUCCGUCACCAACCUUCAACUUGCUCCAACCUUCAACAAGAAAAGUCAUAAAGUAACCAAGCAAUACAUUGAGGAUGACGAUGCGUCACAUUCUUCAGGGCAGUUCUACGUUGCUCUGACUGCGGAACAAAAGGAUUGGCUUGUUGUGUGUUCCUCUGCAGAUUAUCAGGAAAUGAAUCGGCUUCUUUCUAAAAACAAUAGUCUUGCCAAACUCAGGGAUUUUACAAAUGUAAGUAGAGAUAUAAUAGUCUAAAUAAAUUAUAGCUUUUAUAUAGCUUAUAGAUUAUAUAGCUUAUGGCUUAUAUAGCUUUUAUCAGGGUCGCCGCAGGGGUUGUGGCCGUGUCAAUGAACGUUGAAUGGUGUAAUGCUGAGUUCUUGCUUCCUGAAUUACUCUAGACACGUGACAAGACAAACACUAUACAACUGACUCAAGUCCGUUCAGCAGACAACAUGAAGUUUAUUUUACUAAAAUAAUAAUAAUAUACUGCACUCCUUGUUAGUGCUACAAGUCAAGAAAUAAUAACAAUCCUAUCCGCAUAGCAGCGGUAUCAAAUGUAUCAAUCACGUCCGCAUCUCAGCGGGUAACAAUAAGUACCAUUACUACUAGUGACACUGGAGCUUCAACUAUAGAUAUCCAUUGAAAUACGAAUAAUACCUUAAUAUUCAAUAAGCACAUGAUGAAAUCAACUCUCAAAUAUAAUUAAUCAACAAUCAUUAGUCCAUCGACUUUUAUGCUAUAUACAUAUAUAUACACCAGUCCAGGAAGCAACGUCCAACCUUCCUGGACCGGGAGCAAAACCUUACUGACUUGACUUGACUGAACUCAAAGUCAACUUUAUUCAUUCUACUUCCUGUUUUCUACAUCAGGAAAUUCCACGUGUCUUUUAAACUCUUAACAUGACGUGAACUUUAGAUCAUGCAAUGUCAACUAAGACUGUGACAGGCCGCCUGCGUGUGAAAUAAAAAAAAAUAGGAAAAAAAUGUAAUGCGUCUGAGUUUGUAGAUCAUUUUUGUAUACCCUUUUCUGUGUGUGCAAAAAUCUUUUUUGUGGAUCCUUUAAAACCGAGACAUUGCCAAUAAUAAUUCUUUCUAUAAAGGAUUGCUAAGGCUGCUAUUUAAAACCAACACACCACCAGGACAAAAUGAAGCAACUCAAAGUACGAAUAUCAUAUUUAAAAAUAUUUUUUUUAGAUUUUUGGAAUGAAGUAAUUAGAAUUUAUCAAAAUAUUGAAAUAUUUGAGUACUUGAAAAAAAAAAUUAAACUAAAAAUUUAAAAAAAAAAGGUAACCUUGGAAUGUUGGAAUAAUGAUUGGCCACCCCUUAUGUUCGGCUGCCACUUACAUUCGGCCGCCUGCGUUCAAUGCAAACAUUAAUAAUAAUAAUAAUAAUUUUAUUUAUAAAGCGCUGUUAACAAACAAAAUGUAGGCUCAAGGCGCUGUAACAACAUUACAAACAUAAACACAAUUGCUAGAAUAACAGUUAAUCUAAAAAAGUUUUAAACAAGUAGGUCUUAAUGUUGCACAAUAGGCAGUCGCAGCCCUGGCUUUUAUUAUAGCUUUUUAUAGUCUAUUGCAUGUAACUAAAGAAUCUUGUUACUACAUUAUAAUCAAGUCGAUUUUAUGUGGGUUUUCUUUUUAUACUUAAAAUUGAUUCUCUCCAUGUGUUUAAAUUUUUGUUUUACAAAAGAAUUGUUAACACUUUAAUGUAUCUAAUGAGUGAAAAGAAUAUUAAUGAUUAUCUCCCUUUAUUCUUUCAAAAUGCUCUGUUUGCUUGGCACAUUGUUACCAAAAGGGGGUGAGUAAAAGUUGUUAGUUUUUCUGUUAUUUUAAAAUUAGAUUUAGCAGAGAUAGUCGGCUAAUAUGAAAAAAAAAAUAUUUUCAUACCCAAUAUGUACUUACAUCCUUUAUUUUCCUUUUAUUUACUUGCCAACUCUCUGCCUCUGUGAUGUGACGGGGACGCAAUUAGUAUACUGCACUCCAUUGGGCGGCUAAGUUUGGUAAGGAGCAAGUCAUCAAACUUAUAGCCAACAAGCCGGGUGUCAAGAUAAAUCAGAAAUCGCAUGUAAGUAUGUUUCUGUUUCAUCUGAUGUAGUUUUAUGUUUAUCAAACUUUUCAAUUCAAAAUUUAUAUAUUAAAACAAAUUUUUUAAAGAUCCUUUUUUUUCUGUAUUAUUAUUAAAUAAUUAAUAUCUAUUUUAAAACAAAAAAACAAAAACAGUUUGAAUGUGGCUUAAAAAAAAACACCACCACUAAUGUAUUAACAUUCAAUUAGAAUUUUUUUUUGGUUUGUAUUUUUACAUGCUCCUGGACAUCCCUUUUCCUGAUCUAACAGGGGGGUUACACACCACUUCAUCUGGCAGCCAUCCACAACCAUGAACACAUUGUUGAUCUUCUAGUUCAGACAUUCAAAGCUGAUCCAAACAUCCGUGACCACAGCGGCAAGAAAGCCAAACACUACCUGAAUGCCAACAGUAAACUGCAACGUACACUUUCAACUAUUAAGUGAUAUGUAAAAUGUUAUGAGCUCCUAUUUUUUUCUUCUUUUUAUGCUUCUAUAUUUAAAAAAAAAAAAUCUUUUACAAAGGGUUAUUAACAUUAUUGUAUACAGAAUUCAUUAACAUCAAUCAUCUAUCUUUAUAAAUGUCAUAAUUAAUAUUAAAAAAUAUGUAUAUUUUUCUAUAUGUUGCAUGUUAUAUUAAGCAUAAUUUUGUUUUAUAUUUUAUAUGCUGGUUAAAAAAAGGAAACUAACUCUAAAGUAUGUUUUGAACUGAUCUCCCUUGGAGUUAAUAACUUUAAAAUCACUUCUAUUUUGCUGUGGAGCAAUAAGCUUUUUUGUUAGUUGAUGAUCUAAAAGUAAUUGUUCACAUCCUGAUGUGUGACCGUGUCUUUGGGUUAGAAAAAUUUGCUGCUCUAUUUCCUUGAACUAAUUUCAACAUAGUAGAUAACAAAGUCUUAACAAAUUUUUAAUUUAAUAUAAACUUCUGCCACAUUUCCUUGGAUUAUUUCAAAAUAAUUUCUAGCCACCUUUUUUAUAAAAAAAAAGUUAUAAGUGAUAUUUUGAUAAAGGAAAAUAAAAUGACACCGUAUUUGACUUCUGGCUUAAAAAAACAGCUUUAUUUUUGCCUUGCCCAGCCAUCCUAAGAAUGAUGUUAAGUUUGCAGAAAUGAAUAAGUUUAUGUGCCUUUUACUGGUGGGGACAUAGUGUGUGAAAGUGUGAUGUCAUUUCCUAUUUUUCAGCCUCCAUAUUGGCUCCAUACCACACACAUGUAUAAUAAGAAUAGGCCGUACAUUAUUUUUUUAAUAUUAAUGAAAUAAAAUAAUGAAUCACGAAUACCUUAAUCACAAAUUUUAUUUAAUGAAAAAAAAUUUUUUUGUUUUUGUUUUGUUUUAACGAAACAAUUUCAAUGUUGCAUAACAUUACUUGUUGAUUGUAUUAUUUCUUAAUAAUAGAAAAGAAAGAUAUUUAUACAGCUUCAGUUGUGUAUGGAGCCAGACAUGUAGAUAUGACUUUACAACUUUCACACUCUAAGAUAUAAGAUGUGGCUUCUUGUCAUCAGCAACCUGAAUGAAGUGCUUUUUUUCUUGUCUGGGAAUAAAACAGUUGAUGUUGAUCUCAAUGUCUCUUGCUUGUUAAUCCAGUCUUGACAUUUGAGACUCCCUGAGGAUAGUGUGUUUCAUUUGUUCAUGUUUUAAGUUUGGUAUAACAAUUCUAUCCUCAUUCAGUUGUGGAAGCUUAUUGACAAACUAUUAUGAACCAAGUCAUUACAUUUACUUAGAAACGUAAACUUUUUAUUAAAUUUCCCGACUCAGUUUUGUUUACGCAGGGUUUGUUUCCAGUCUCAAAAUCUUUCUUUCUUCCUAGUGUUAUUGAAACAGCUAUGGUCAAGCUUUUAACGAAAUUUAAUUGGAAUGCUUGAAUUAAUUGGAUAUUUUUGUAUGUUUAGCCUGUGGUUUAAAAACUGUUUGUGAAUUCAGAGAAAGCUUAUAAUAUGGGGAAUAAUGGGGAGUGGGUCUGGUUCUAAACAUGAUGUCUUUUUGGAAAUUACUGAUAAACUCUUCUGUUGACUUAUUUCAUCCUAGCAUUCAGUUAAGACGUUAUGACAGCUUUGAUAUAAAUAAGUUUGGUGCCAAUUUGAUAUAAAUAGACUAAAUUGAUUCUGUUGUUGCUACUAAAAGUCCUAACCGAAAUGUUGACAUAACAAAUUUCUGUACUUGAACUGUGUACAUAAUCUUUGUACAUUUGAGAAUCCAGUUUUUAGCAGUUUUAUAUUGGCAAGUCUAUGUUCAUUUGAGAAGCCAGUUUUAGCAGUUUAUAUUGCAAAAUAUUGUCUUAGCUUGUUACAUUUUUUGGUUUGGUCCAGGUUUUUUUUUUUUUAAUUAUUAAAUUUUUAUUUUCUUUGUGCGUAUUGCAACCUUAAAAUUAAUUAUUUAAUCAAAUAUACUUUAACAUUUUGUAUUAGGGAUGAAUUAUGCGAUAAAGUUAAUAAUUUCUUUUUUUGGGUCAAGGUCUUGGUUUAGUUGUCCUUUAUUAUUCAUUAAUAUUUCAAAAAUAAUUUUUGUUAAGUUUAAUUAAUGUACGUCAAACUGGAGUUUCAAAAUGUCUGUCAAGGACAAAUUUUGUUUUCUCCAUUUUUUUGGAAUGGUGGGAUGGCAGUCGUUUAAUUAACGGAUGAUGAGUAGCAGUGAAAAUUAUUUAUAUUUUUUGCCAUAUUUUAAUAAGUAUCACCUAUCACAAAGACCAGUGAUUCUCAAUCUGGUGUGAAUGACAUGUAAGCACACUUUCAGUAAACACUUUCAAAAAGAAUGCACAAACAGUAAAUUUGCAUUUAUCAUGUCAGCCUACUGAUUGCAAGCUUUUCUUUUUUUUUUUUGAAGUAUUAUCACUUACCUAUAUAUGGGGGAAAACAAAAUUUAAAUUUAAAAAAUUAGGAAAUAUGUAAGAUGAUGCAAUAGAUUAGAUUCUAGUUAUAGUUUAAUAUGAAAACAGGAAUUAAAAAUAAUCUAACUAGUUUUUUUUUUUUUUUUAAACUUUUUAUUACAUAUCUUCAUGAAACUUAUUUAACUUCAUUUAAUUUUUGAAAAAACCAUCAACGUUAGUAAAGAUAGAUAUUAUGCAUUAUUAUAAUCAAAUGCUUUUUCUAGAUUAUAUUGCAAGUUUACAAUUGUCAUUAUUUUAGUUCUUGGGCUGGAAACAAUAUAAAUAACCCUCUGAUAAAAAAAUCAAGAGCUUUUGGCAUAUAGGGCUCUGAAGGAUCUAUUGACAUAGAUUCCAGCAUAAACUCAAUCUAAUAAGUGCUUUGUUUUUUAGAUGGCUAUAAUAGGCCUAAUAUGUUUAUAGAUGGCUGUAACAUACCUAAUAUGUUUUUAGAUGGCUAUAAUAUGCCUAUCUCUAUUUAUGUCAUUUAUUAAUUAAUUGUGUUAUUUAAUGUAAUAGUAUAACUUCCCUAAACUGGUAGUAUAAUAGUACAACAGUGUGCAAGACUCACAAAGUGUCAGUGCAAUAUUAAAUUAUGUGUGGUUUUCUUCUUUCAUUAACAUCCAUCUACUUUUGAACUAGUGUGUGAUGCUUAUGUUUAAAUUAUCCCCCUUGUUUGAAGAAAAUAUUCUAAUUUUGAUUCUGUUCAAUUGAAGGCCUUUUUUCUUUGUAGUCAGCUACUUUUUAGUACACUCAGUACAUAUUAUUAAAAAAAUUCUAGUUUCAGGUGGCUUAUACAAAAGGAAUGCUGUUUGGGAUUAGCUAUUAUAUUAAAACAUUUGAGUGUUGCCUUUUUUUUUAGUUUCUUAAACUUGAAGUAGAGUUAUCUUCCUUGUGAUUUCCUCAUCUGUAUGUGUGCUUGUAUAGAUUUACAUGGCUAUAUUAUCACACAUUUGUCAAAGAUUCAUAAGAGAAUGAUGUAGACUUUUGUGUUGUACGGUAGUGACAAGAAGUUCAAAAAUGCUUUUAUUUUCUAGAAGUAAAAAAAAUAAAACUUCUACUCGAUCUUUACAUUCUGAACUAAAUCUAAUAAUAAUAAUAAUAAUAAUCUUUAUUAUCCGUAAGGAAAUUUGUCUUACAAUUUGUGCAUUACACCAAACAAAAAACAUUAUAACUAUAAGAAACCAAAGUGUACAUUCACACCAGACUCACUCAUAAUUUACAUGUGACAAAGUUUAUACCAGAUUGUUCUUAUUUAAUGAUUUGAUUGCCAGUGGAACAAAAGAGUGUUUGUGUCUGUUUGUCUUUGCUAUCGGUGUCUUGUAUCUCUUUUGUUUUGUUUGUCUAGAGUCUAUAAUAUUGUUUAAAUGACUUAUAAAAUAUAAUUAUCCCUUGAUCUUUAUUUGUUUUAGUGUUUUGGCAAAAUUCUGAAUCUAGCUAUUAUAGAGGUAAUACUGAGACACCAGCUGUAUUUGUAAAUCUUGAUUGGCCAGAAUUAAUAAAUGGAUUGCGAAGAUUUUAUAGAUCUAACUCCUUCUCUUUAAUAUAUUUGUGGGCAGAAUCCCUGGAGUAUGGAAAUUGUGUUGUUUAUAGUUUAGUAAUCUUAAAUCUGAAGAUCGCAGGUUUUCUUUUGUUGAAUAGUUUAUUCAUAGAAUUCUUUUUUUUUUUCAAAUCAUUAUAGAUUUCAUGUUUAAAUGAUCAGAAAUAUGUCUAAUCUAAAUUAUGUAGUAGUUAUCUCUUUUAUUGUCUCCCCUGAAUAAAAUGCUCUUCCAAGUAUUUCAGAUUUCCAUGUUGUCUAAAAUUUUUUUAAUGCAUGUUCAUCUUUACCUUUUUUUACUUUCUUAAGAACACUUGUGUAUUCUGUAUGCUAAAAAUGGGUAUAAUUUAAGAUGUCAACCUAGAUGCUUUAAUAUGUAAAACAUAAAUAGUUCAUGUUGUCAGCUGUAAUUUAUUAACCUUAAUUAGAUGAAGAACAGCCCAUAGUCCUCAGACGUCAGCGUAAAAGCAGCAAUGGUAAAAGUUUACAGUUCCAGAGAGCUUGAGCUUGCUGCACUCUGCAUCACCUUUAUCUCACAUCAAAACAUCCACCGCAUCUGUCACAUCUGUUGUUGUCACAACUGUCACUGUCAUAUCUGUCACUGUGACAUCUGUUGGUGGCACAACUAUCACUGUCAUAUCUGUCACAUCUGUCGCCGUCACAACUUUCGCUGUCAUAUCUGUCACUGUCACAUCAUGCUUAACUUCAAAGGAAUCUUGUUCUUCUCAGCCAUAUUGACUGCUUUCUCAGCAUGGCGUCAUCUCUUUCUGUUAUAUUUAUCAAUUAUAAAAAUUUAGAAGCAGCGUUAAGAAUUGGAUGUAGAUUUAUUAUUGUUUAAACACCUCUGUAAGCCAUAUCUUAGUGUAAUGAUCAUAAUGAUUAGAAUGUUAUUUCCUUUUGGUUCUGACAUGAGACUAUAUAAACUAAGUAGUGCACAAUUGUUUUCAGCCUUGGGGCCAUAUCAGGGCCAGACUUACCUCUAGACAACACAAGCUAUAGCUUAGGGCAUUGGGGCCAUAUCAUCAGGGCCAGAUUUACCUCUGGGUUACACAAACUAUAGCUUAGACCCACAUCAUCAGGGCCAGAUUUACAUCUAGGCAACACAAUUUAUUGCUUAGGGCCUUGGGACCUUUAUCAUCAGGGCCAGAUUAACCUCUUGGUAUAGCUUAGAGCCUUGGGACCAUAUCAUCAGGGCCACAUAUAACUCUAGGUAACAGAAGCUGUAGCUUAUAGCCCCCAAGAGCUAUUUAGGUCUUACAUAUAAUAUUUGCACUCAGAGAUGGAUCCAAAGGGCCCAAAUCUGAAAAGCUUAGGGGAUUUUCAAGUCUAAAAAAUGGCACUGCAUAUAAAUUUGCCAACCUACUGGCUCCACUGACUGCAUCACCACAAAAACUUGUCAAUUUCAAAGGGACCUCUACAGCUAGAUUAUGCAUUGUGGGUAGAAGAUUAGAAGAGCCAGAUGGCACCCGGAGGCCAUAGUUAGGCAUCACUGAAUGGAGUAAAGCCUGUAACCUCACAUUUUUUUUUUUACUGGUGUUAACACGUUGUGUUUAGAGGGUUUAGAAAAUAGUAAUGUCAUUAUUUGAAGUUAAAACAAAAAGUAAAGUUUCCCUUUCAGACCUUGCCAUCUAUAGGGCAGAUAACAAGGAUGUCAUGUGGACAGCACAAUGACCGACCACCUUUAGUUUUCCCCAACUAAAGUCAAUAAGUUUACAAAGAAAAAAAAAAGGAUCUUAUCCCCUUUCCACACACCCCCACCUCCUUGUUUACUGCUUUAAGAAAAACUUGUAGUGAUGAGCUUUUUUUACUUUGACACUUCAUCAAGUCUGCGACUGAUAGAACUAUGUAAUGAGUUGAUUGGGUUUGUUAAGGUCUUUGUUAUUGACCAUCUUGUGGCAGGCAAAGUAGUUUUUUUCUUUCUUUUGUUUUAAAUUUAAUUUUUUUUUAAACUACUGUAAAUGCUUUUGUGGCAAGUGAGUUGUAUACAUUCUAUACGCUUUUUUCUUUUAAUGCUUAUUACAUUUUAUUGUACAAUAGUUGCAGCUUAAUUUAUUGUUUUAGAAAUUUACAUGUCAGAAUUCAGGAUACUUUUCUUUACAAUGUUUGGAAAUUUUUAAAAAAUGUAAAUAAAAUUUGUUGAAUAAAAAUGCAUUAAAUUGAAA